AUGCCUCGUCCGGGGAAGAACUCGUACAGCGACCAGAAGCCGCCUUAUUCUUAUAUCUCUCUGACAGCCAUGGCUAUCCAGAACUCCACCGAGAAGAUGCUCCCACUGAGCGACAUCUACAAGUUCAUCAUGGACCGAUUCCCUUACUACCGGGAGAACACACAGCGGUGGCAGAACUCUCUGCGACACAACUUGUCCUUUAACGACUGCUUCAUCAAAAUCCCCCGGCGGCCCGACCAGCCGGGGAAAGGCAGCUUUUGGGCCCUGCACCCAGACUGUGGGGACAUGUUCGAAAACGGCAGCUUUCUACGCAGGAGGAAGCGCUUCAAACUGCUGCGCGCUGAGCACAUGGCCUGCAAGAGCUCCCCGAUGAUGCACUAUUUCCACCACCAGGGAAAGCUGAGUGGAGGACAUCAUGAGCACCAAGGCCCCGCCGCGGCAGUGGGAAGGCUCCCCCACUUCCAGAGCUACGGUAGCAUCAACUGCGGACAGUCCGGCGGCUUCAAGCACCCGUUCGCCAUUGAGAACAUCAUAGGUCGGGACUACAAGGGCGUGAUGACGAGCGGGCUGCCCAUCACUUCGGUAAUGCAGCACCUGGGCUACCCUGUGCCCGCGCAGCUCAGCAGUGUGGUCAACUCAAUGUGGCCGCACGUCGGCAUGCUGUCAGAUUCCAUGAGCGCCAUGCCCAUACCAGUCUCAGAGUACGCUCCUUUUGGCGUGUCCAUGAAGGACCUCUACCAUCACGCGAGCGGACAGACGCUACCCACCAUGCCCGUGCCCAUCAAACCGACCCCGUCUAUGGGUCCAAUGCCCGGUCUUUCGGGCCUUCCGCCCGGCCCAUCGCAUCGCUGCUCCCCUUCAUCCUUGCUGGAGAAGAAUGGUUCCCAUCCUUUGGAGGGCAUGGGCAAUCCGAUACACCCGGCUCUCCUGCUGCCUUAA